UUUACCUGAAAAAAAAUAAGAAAAAAAAAAAACCAAACCAAAAGUUAAAGUUGUGUUUAUGUUUGAUCGUUGAGUUAUUGUUAUUGCAAAAGUUAAACGAGCGUUAUUUAUCAGACAUUGAGACGAAAUCCAAAGAAAUCGUACCAAAGUUAAGCGAAAAAGCCAACCACACAAAAGAAAACAGAACUUCGAAAAUGUCGUUCUCCAAGGCCAAAUUGAAGCGUUUCAAUGACGUGGAUGUGGCCAUCUGCGGCUCGCCAGCAGCCUCCAAUAGCUCGGCUGGUUCGGCGGGCAGUGCCACGCCCACAGCGUCGACGACAGCCGCUGCUCCUGCUCCGCCCACCGUUCAGCCGGAACGCAAGGAGCAGAUCGAGAAGUUCUUCAAGGACGCCGUGCGCUUUGCGUCCAGCUCGAAGGAGGCCAAGGAGUUUGCCAUUCCCAAGGAGGACAAGAAGUCGAAGGGACUGCGCCUCUUUCGCACUCCCUCACUGCCGCAGCGUCUGCGUUUCCGUCCGGCGCCCAGUCACACGGAAGCGGGUGCCAGUGGCAGCGGAAGUGGUGCCUCCACGGCCGCCUCCACGCCGCUCCAUUCGGCGGCCACCACGCCCGUGAAGGAGGCCAAGUCCGCCAGCCGUCUCAAGGGCAAAGAGGCCCUGCAGUACGAGAUCCGGCACAAGAACGAGCUGAUCGAGAGCCAGUUGAGCCAGCUGGACGUGCUGCGCCGCCACGUGGAGCAGCUGAAGGAAGCGGAGGCCAAGCUGCGGGAGGAGCAUGAGUUGGCCACGGCCAAGACGAAUCAGCUUAUCGAGGCUCUGACCAGCGAGAACCACUCGCACAAGACCCUCAACGAGCAGAUGGGUCGGGAGCAGGCCGAUCUCCUCGAGCGUUUGGCUGCCAUGGAGCAGCAGUUGCAGCAGCAGCGCGAGGAGCACGAAAGCCAGGUGGAGCAGCUGGUGGCCGAGAGCGAGGCCCUGCGACUGGCCAACGAGCUGCUGCAAACGGCCAACGAGGAGCGUCAGGUGGCGGAGCAGCAGCUGCAGGCCCAACUCACUGCCCUCCAGGCGGACGUGGCCCAGGCCCGCGAACACUGCAGUUUGGAGCAGGCCAAGACGGCCCAGAAUAUCGAGUUGGUGGAGAAUCUGCAGCGGAACAAUGCCUCGCUGUUGGCCGAUGUGGUCCAGCUGAAGCAGCAGAUCGAGCAGGAUGCCCUGGCCUACGGGCAGGAGGCGAAGAGCUGCCAGGCGGAGCUGGAGUGCCUGAAGGUGGAGCGCAACACGCUGAAGAACGACCUGGCCAACAAGUGCACUCUCAUCCGAUCGCUGCAGGACGAGCUUCUGGACAAGAACUGCGAGAUCGACGCCCACUGCGACACCAUACGGCAGCUGUGCCGCGAGCAGGCGCGCCACACGGAGCAACAGCAGGCGGUGGCCAAGGUGCAGCAGCAGGUGGAGAGCGACCUCGAGGGUGCCGUGGAGCGCGAGAAGAGCUACUGGCGCGCCGAGCUGGACAAGCGCCAGAAGCUGGCCGAGAACGAGCUGAUCAAGAUCGAGCUGGAGAAGCAGGACGUGAUGGUGCUGCUGGAGACCACCAACGACAUGCUGCGCCUGCGCGACGAGAAGCUGCAGAAGUGCGAGGAGCAGCUGCGCAACGGCAUCGACUACUACAUCCAGCUGAGCGAUGCGCUGCAGCAGCAGGUGGUGCAGCUCAAGCAGGACAUGGCCAAGACGAUCACCGAGAAGUACAACUACCAGCUGACGCUGACCAACACGCGCGCCACCGUCAACAUCCUGAUGGAGCGGCUCAAGAAGUCGGACGCGGACGUGGAGCAGUUCCGGGCGGAGCUGGAGUCGGUGCAGCUGGCCAAGGGGGCGCUGGAGCAGAGCUACCUGGGCCUGCAGGCGGACGCGGAGCAGCUGCGCCAGCAGCUCAACGAGAGCCAGGACGCACUCUCCGCGCUAAGGUCCUCGUCACAGACGCUGCAAAGCGAGGUAUCGUUGAAGGAGUCCUUGCUCCACGAACUGCUCGCCGGCGAGGCGGAGACGUUGGCCAAAUUCAAUCAGAUUGCUAACUCGUUCCAGGAGCGCAUCGACGGCGACGCCCAGCUGGCCCACUACCACGAGCUGCGGCGCAAGGACGAGACGCGCGAGGCCUACAUGGUGGACAUGAAGAAGGCGCUCGAUGAGUUUGCCACCGUGCUGCAGUUCGCCCAGCUGGAGCUGGACAACAAGGAGCAGAUGCUGGUGAAGGUGCGCGAGGAGUGCGAGCAGCUGAAGCUGGAGAACAUUGCCCUCAAGUCCAAGCAGCCGGCAUCCGCCGCCUCGCUGCUUGGCACUCCUGGCAAGGCCAACCGGUCCAACACCACCGAUCUGGAGAAGAUCGAGGAUCUGCUGGGCGACACGGAGCUGCGUUCCGACUGCGACAAGAUCACCUCGUGGCUGCUCAACACCUCGGAGAAGUGCACUGUGCGCCAGGACAGCAGCAGCGAGAUCAGCGAGCUCCUGCUCGCCGGCAAAUCCUCGCCGCGUCCCACCCCCCGCACGCCCAAGGCCGCGCCCAGUCCGCGCACGCCCCGCACCCCGCGCACCCCCCGAUCGGCGGCCAGCACACCCAAGAAGACCGUCCUGUUCGCCGGCAAGGAGAACGUGCCCAGUCCGCCCCAGAAGCAGGUGCUCAAGGCACGCAACAUCUAGGUCUCGGACGAUCCCUUGUACCAACUACUAUACUCUACUAUUAUAAAUUACAUACCUUAGCUAAGAUCUGAUUCGAAAUAUAUUCAUAUGUUUCUGAA